CUACAAUAAAUAGGAGUAUGGAACAGUAGGUAGAGGCCAACCCACCGAUUCUUGCCUUGACUAUUAAAAACAAGACAAACUCUUUGAGGUAGAGAAAAAAGAGACGAAGUGAUGGCCGUGGGAUUUGCCAUUGCAAAUGGAGGGAGCCAAUACAAUGGAAGAAUUACAUCAUAUUUGGUCUUAUCUUGUCUUGUGGCUACCAUGGGAGCUUUCAUUUUUGGCUAUGAUAUUGGAGUUUCAGGUGGUGUGACAUCUAUGGAGCCUUUCUUGGAGAAGUUCUUCCGAAAAAUUUACAAGAGGAUGAAAGAGGACACUAAGAUUAGCAACUACUGCAAAUUCGACAGCCAAUUCUUGACACUAUUCACAUCUUCACUCUAUUUGGCCGGUCUCGUCUCUUCCUUCUGCGCCUCUUUUGUUACCGACACCUUCGGCAGAAAACCGUCGUUGCUUGCUGGUGGAGUUUCGUUUCUUGCUGGAGCUGCCCUCAACGCUGCUGCCCUUAACAUGUACAUGCUGAUUAUCGGCAGAGUGCUACUCGGAAUCGGCGUUGGUUUCACCAACCAGGCGGUCCCGCUGUACCUCUCAGAGAUGUCGCUACCCAACCACAGAGGAGCAAUCAGCAACGGCUUUCAGCUCAGUUUAGGUAUCGGUUUCUUCUUAGCUAACCUCGUCAACUACGCAACAGAAAAGAUCAGAGGCGGCUGGGGCUGGCGGAUAUCACUCGGCAUAGUCGCGAUCCCAGCAGCGAUCCUAACCGUCGGCGCGCUCUUUCUCCCCGACACCCCAAGCAGCUUCAUUCAGCGGAGCAACGAUCACGACAAGGCGAGAGCGAUACUGCGACGAAUCAGAGGCGCAACCGAUGUCGAAACAGAGCUAGACGAUCUCGUCGCAGCUCGAGAUGUCGCGAGAUCUAUGGAAAGCCCCGUUAAAAACAUCGUGAAAAGAAGGUAUAGGCCGCAGCUGGUGAUGGCUGUGGCAAUGCCCUUCUUCCAAAUACUCACAGGGAUCAACGUCAUCGGGUUCUACUCACCGAUACUCUUCCGAACCCUUGGCUUGGGGGAGAGCGCAUCGUUGUUGUCGACGUUGAUGACGGGCGUGGUGGGCUCGACAACAACAUUGAUAGCGAUUGUCAUAGUCGACAAAGUUGGUCGGAGGUUUCUGUUUAUGCUUGGUGGUGCAGUGAUGUUUGUGUGCUAUGUCGGCGUUGGAGGGAUAAUGGCUGCGAAGCUAGGUGAUCAUAAUGAAUUGAGCAAGGGCUAUGCUUACAUGGUGCUGGCGCUGGUGAGCUUGUACGUGGCCGGAUUCGGGGUGUCGUGGGGCCCGUUGGGAUGGCUAAUCCCGAGCGAGAUAUUUCCGAUGGAGAUACGGUCGGCCGGGCAGAGCGUCACUGUGGCGGUGAAUUUCCUAUUCACGUUCGUGGUGGGGCAGACGUUUUUGGCGAUGAUGUGCCGUUUUAAGGCGGGGCUUUUCUUCUUUUUCGGAGGGUGGGUGGCAGUGAUGACCAUAUUUGUGUAUUUGCUGUUGCCGGAGACGAAGAAUAUUCCUAUUGAACAGAUGGAAGGGAUUUGGAGGGAACACUGGUUUUGGAAGAAGAUUGUAGGGGUAGACCAUAAGGAAUUAGUCAACACUAGGAUAGAUCGCGAGUAGCUCGUGUUUAUUCAAUUACGAUAAAUGCACAAAUUCUCCUUUCAUGGGCUAAUCAUAAAAAAUAUUCAUCCGUCCAUAAAGAUUGUGUAUUCAUUAUUAUUUUCGUUCGUCUACAAAGAUUAUAUAUAUGUUUUCCUUUUUUAAAA